AAAUGCCCCUUCACAAUAUGGACACCCCGAGGAGCCGAUGGGAGCAUGGCUUGCGGCCGCCGUGGGUCACCCGAUUGGCUGGAGGGCAAAGCCCCGCCUCUUCGGGGACGGAGUCGGACACAGAGAGCAGCAGCACAGAGAGUGAGAGGGUAAGGAGGAGUGGGUCUCACUUUGACUUGCGUCAGGUGGUUGGUUGUUUUAUACUGGUAAUGUGGUCAGAGUCAGAUGCUGCUAUCCAAAGCGACUCAACAUAUACAUCAGUGUAUGUGUCCAACGCUGGAAUUGAACCGAUAACUUUGGUGCCGCAGUCAUCGCACUCUAACCAACAGAGCCAACGGAAUGACUUUUAGAUCCAGGUUGAAUCUCUUUUAAAUCGUCUGUGUGCGUUUCUUCUCCACCCCUCAGUCUCCAGCCAAACGUUUAGAGGCGGGGUCAGCGAGGAUCCUACCGUUGCCCUCCAUGCUGCAACAGCGAAUCACAGAGAUCGACCAGCAGAGGGAGGAGCUAAAGAUAGAGGCGAGACACUGAUGGAUUCAUGAAUGAACUCAAGGGCCUGAUUGUGUCUUAUAUCAAACAAUUUUUAUGAAGUGUGGUGGCUUGUUCAGUAAAUGUAUCUGAUGAAGUCUGAUUAGGCACAUUCUGCAUCCUUCAUUGUGGGACUAACCUCUCUCUCUCUCUCUCUCUCUCUCUCUCUCUCUCUCUCUCUCUCUCUCUCUCUCUCUCUCUCUCUCUCUCUCUCUCUCUCUCUCUCUCUCUCUCUCCUGUCUGCCACUCCAGCUGCAGCUGGAGAUAGCCCUGUUGGAGGGGGAGCUGCAGGAGGAGCGGAAGGAGCUGCACAGACACACGCUGUAUCUACAGACACUGCAGGAGGAGGAGGAGGAGGGCAGGCACAAGGAGACACACAGACAGACAGACAGACAGAAGGUCAGUAGCACUGUACACACAAGGAGCAUAAGGAGCCAGACAGACAGACGGUUAGCGGUACACAGACAGAGCUCCAUUCUCUACCAUCCAAAGCAUACUGUCUUCAGGCUCGAGAGUGAUAUGGCCUGAACGUGAGUAGCUAUGGUAGUGAGGUAGAUACUGAGUUGCUCCAUGUGACACUUUACACUAUAGGCCUAAGCUAUGUAAUAUUGCAAUGAUCUUACAAACAGAUGGAUCUUUAUAUAAAGAGAUGACUGUUUCCUCUCUCAUCCCUCAUCCUCCUCUUUUCUCUCUCUCUCUGUAGGAGCGAGCCAGCCUGGAGGUGGAGAGGGCCCGGGUUGAGGAGCUCAGGAGGAGGUUGGAGAAGAAGGAGACACUGAUCCCCAGUCAGCCAGAGGGCCAGAGAGAGCAGCUACUGAUCCAACUACAACAGGUUAUUUACUGAUCCAGGAACAGUGCACUGACUGGGGUGGUAUUCAUUAAGGCACGCAAUGUUUUAAAACAUUUUGCAAAACAAAAAUAAAAUGAGCGCUUCUUAAGUCCAGGUUGUCCCUACCUGUUUCAAUCCGUUUUCUUCCGUUUGGUACCUUAUGAAUAGUACCCAGCUAACUGAUAUUAUGCCUUGCCACUAGACUGCGUGUAAAAGAGAAUGCACUGCCUGUUUGUCUGUCUAGAUGUAGUGGCGGUCGUUCACAGGUAGCAGCCUGGCAGAGUGGCAUCACCUGCCCUGAGACCUGAAGUGAAGUCAACUUUGUGCAGUGGAGAGCUAGCUUUUGGUCUAGCCUCAUAUACAGUUCAAUUCAGGUGCUGGUGACAGCAUGGUCUCAAACUGCCUCUGGUUGGAACCCAUUUAACAUCAUGUGUUCUAAUUCUAAUCUCUCUGGUCAUGGUUAUGAAGGAGUGCAUGAGAACUCAAGGGGAAAGAAGAGGAAAGAGUGCACGAGGACAUGAAGAAGAAGAUACAGUAUAACAAACAACAUCGCCAUAGAACAUAACCCUAGCCACAUUCACAACGCACUGCCUUGGGACAUGACAGCUAGCUAAGCUUGCCUCAGGGGCACAAAGACAUAGUUCCGUGCUAUUUGUGUUAAGUUACUGUGUGUUCUUUCUUGUCGGCGGUACUAGUUAUCUUUGUAGUACUGAUUCUACCUGAUAUGUCAAAGUGUCAGAGAGGUAUCUGAGACAGACAGGCAGGCAGACAGAGGGUUCAUUGUGCAUUUUGGCAGUGACACUGUCAUGACGUGUCAUUCUGAUGACAGAGGAUGUGUCCCACAUGGCACCCUAUUUCCUAUAUAGUGCACUACUUUUAACAAGAGCCUUAUGGGCCCUUGUCAAAAGUAGUGUACUAUAUAGAGAAUAUGAUGGCCUUUGGGACACAAGCUAGAGACCUAGGACUUGGUUUAUGGUCUGUGUUUAAUGAAUGGUCUUGAAUGGAGUGGUCGGACCAGUUGUUUUUUGUUUUAGCGUUCUGAGCCACAGGCUCUUUCUGUACUAAUCGACAGCUUUCUUCCAUUUUCUGUUUGUUCCUCUCCUUCUGCAUCUUUCUUUCAUCACUUUCUCUCUCUGCAUCCCUCAUCAUGCUCUCUUUUUCCCUCUAUCUCACUCUGUUCCAUCGCUCUUUCCCUCCAUCUCUCUCUCUCCCUCAUCCCUCUCUCUUUCUCUCUCUCUGUUCAUCUCUCUCUCUCCCUCCGUCCCGCUCUCUUUCUCUCUCUCUCUGUUAAUCUCUCUCUCUCUCUGUUAAUCUCUCUCUCUCUCUGUUAAUCUCUCUUUCUCUCUCUCUGUUCAUCUCUCUCUCCCUCCAUCCCUCUCUCUCUCCUCCAGGAGAAAGAGAUGGUGGAUGCAGCCGGCCGGGUGUUCGAGGACUGGGAAUUCCGUGUCCUGGAGAGCGAGGCCGGAAUAGAGGAGGAGGAGAGCGAAGGAAAAAUAGAAGAGAAGGAGAGAGGGAACGAGGAAGAUAAGGAGAAGGAAAUCUCAUGCCAAAAGCAUGCUGUCAACUCAGCGCAGGUAAGCCAGUGUCGACAGAUAAGAAGACAACAACAUUUCAGAGAAUCUCACAGCUCCAAGCUGGUUCUGCUAGUUUGGUUAGAAGCUUAUCCCCUGUCAUGUGAUAUAAGUCACUGUUUACACUUCCUGAGUGAUGCUGGACUAACCACCAUUCAGGUUUCCCUUGAGUAUUCUCUCCUUAGAUCUCAUUCAGGGUAGAAUUCAUUAAGGCACAAUGUAGCAAAAUUUCUCCCCACUCUGUUCCCCCAACGGUAUAGUCACUCUCUGUUUGGUAACGGCUCCUUACAAGUAACCCCCCUCCCCCCAUCCUCCUCCUCUCAAACGGUGACUCUACGGCAUCACCCUCCACUGUCACAUGACUGCCCAAACAAGUUAGGUAAUUGCAUCAGAGGCCGCUGUCGGAGGGAGGGAGGGAGCAAAGAGAGAGAGAAAGUGGAGAAAGAUGUAUAGAUGAAGGGAGAGCUGGUCAAUUGAGGAAAUGGAGGAGGAAAGGAGAGGGACUAAAAGUAGAGAAUGGAGAGAGAAGGUAAAAGAGGUAUGGUGAGAGUGGGGGGGGGGGGGAGGUUGAAGGAUUGUAGUGUGAGGGAGAGAGAAGAAAGAAAGAGGAUAAACUUAGGAUAUCAUGUGAUGAGGUGGGAGAAUAGAGAGAGAGAUGAAACAAGUGAUAGUGACGGAAAGAGGGGAGGAGAGUGAGUGAGAGAGAGUUGAUUCAGCUGCACUGUGGCCUUGCUUGGGUUGACAGCUUAUCCUAUACCCAUCUCUCUCUCUCUCUCUCUCUCUCUGUCUCUCUCUCUUUCUCUAUCCCCUCCUCUCUGACAUAUUUACUGUGCUGAGCUGACAUCAGUAAUUCUUUCUUCCCUGUCAUCUCUCACUCCUCUCCUCUGUCAUAUUCAUCCUUCAUCUCCUCUCAUAACUCAAAUGGAUGUUAGAAGGUGUGCCAUUGAACAUACCUAGAGUAACUAACUAUUGACAUAAGACAUGAGACAUAAGAGAUAAGAUAAUGUGCAUAUUUAAAACAACAACUCUAUAAUAAUAACAACAACAUUAUCUGUCUAACAUGCCACUGAACAUAUAGUACAUGAAUUACAGGAGACAGAAUGAUGCGAUGUUUAAUAUUAAGUGCCUGACAUUUCAUUUGUUUGAUUUUUUUCUUUAUUCAUUGAUUUCUUCAGGAGCGAGUCGAGCAGCUUGAGAAGCAGUUGAAGGAGAUGGAGACAGAGAAGGAUAGAGAGAUGAAUGCCUUCAGGAAGGAGAGGAGAGAAUUGCUUCACACCAGUCAAAGGGUAAUAAGGGAUCAGAGACUUAUGAUCAGCAAAUGUCAGAACUUUAACUUUAUUUAUUAAUUAUUUAUCAGGGAAAUUAUUAUUAUGUCUUAUAUUCCCCAGUGGCUCAAUUAUGAUAAAAAAUGAUACAUUAAAUUAAGUGUCUGAAGUCCCCGCUUGUGCCAUCAAACCCCUGCAACUUAUCCAGAACACUGCAGCCCGCCUAGUUUUGAACCUUCCCCAGUUCUCUCAUGUCACCCUACUGAUCUACUGAUAGCUACGUUAUUGAGGAAAAAUGUACUUUCUAUGCCUGGGAUAUGUGGUUGUCCCACCUAGCUAUCUUAAGAUGAAUGCACAAACUGCGUCUGCUAAAUGACUAAAAUAUCAUAUGUAAAUGAAGUGCUUGGAAGCUAGAUAAGAAUGUCCAUUGUUCCAGUGUUUUUAUUCAAUAUUCAUAAAGGUUGUCUGAAGCGCCAAAGUGUGUGAUUUGUCAACUCCCUGCUUGGACAGUGAUAUGGUUUGUUAUUGGACCAAUGACAUGCCUUUGAUUAUAAUUAUGACAGGGCAAGUUGAAAAGGGGGAGGAGACUAGUUAGAGACAGGGAAAGAGCACAACUGAACAUAGAGCGAGAGAGAGAGAGAGGCAUGACUGAAGAAAGAGAGGGAGGGAGGGAAGAAACAGAGGGAAGGGAAAAGCAGAACAGGGGAGGGUGACUAUGAGGGAGAGAGAGAGGGAGUGAGAGAAAUAAGCUGAGAUAAUUUAAAAGAGACGCAACAACACCGGUAAGCUGAGAGACACCACAAAUCAAAUCUGCAUGCAUCAAGUGUGUUUAGAUUGGGUUAAUCAGAGACAGCAUUUAAUACAGGCUAAGUGUGUCAGUUAAUACUAGGACGAGAGAGGGAGCGAGGGAGUGGCAGAUAGGGGGAGAAAGGAAGGACAGACUGUGUGUUUCUGUAUGACUGUGUGUGAAUGCAAUAUGACUUUGAAUGACAUGCUAGUGUACUCAUAUGGGUAGUAGUCAUAAAUAAGAAGAGAUGGAAGUGUUUUUGGCAGAGGGAAAUUGAUUUCAUUGCUCAUCCAGCCACGAGAGAGAGAGAGAGACUAAAAGAGAGAGAGACUAAGAGAGAGAGAGAGACUGAGACGGGUUAACAGAGAAUGCAUGCCGCUUCUGAAUUGCUCAUGUGUCUGAGUCAGGGAGAAGGGGAGGGAGGGAGGGAGGGAGGGAAAGAGAGAUAUAGUGAGAGGGAGAUAAUGUUUAACUCAUUAGGGUGGUUCCUGAGAGCUAGCUUGUGUUUUCCAUUCUCAGUGACGUGUAUGAAUGUAUUUUACAACUUGUUACACUCCCACUAUGUAAUUUCAUUAUGUGUUAUGGCUAAAUGUUGACACAAACAACUUAGUGUGUCGUGUGGUCAUCCAAGUCUUAUGACUUACGGUCUGUCCUACCUAACUGACAUGUCGAGGUCAUUAUAACAACAUUCACUUGUCUCUUUUUCACUCUCCUCUUCACGGCUGAGUUUAUGUCAUAACCGGUCAUAUAAUGGUCAUACUCCCAUCUCUUAUCAGGUCUUGAAAGAGAAGAAGCCGCUCACUGAUUGGUCCAACAUCCCCAGCUCGGUCCCUUGCAUGAUGUCACUCUCGCCGCUGACCAUUCACAAGUCACCUCAGGUAUGUUGCCGUGUCAAUGAUCAUGUUUGCCAGUUGUAUGUGACACAUACAUAGACACUGAUUUGAUUCACUUGUUGUUUUUCUCCCAGUAAUGUACAGAAACACAAACUCACAGUGUUAUUCCCUAACUUCAGGAACAAGCCAAAGAAUCCGUCAGUUUGCCCCGGAGACGGAGUUCGCACCGCAACAACAAGCUCGCCGAUAGGCCGGUCUCGGCGCAAGGUGAGCUAUGAUUGGUGUUUAAUUAUGAAUUCCUUUGUGUUUUUCAUUUGCUUUACCUCAAAUCAUUUUUACAUGGAAAAAUAUUUGCUUUCUCUUUCUCUAUUUCUCUAUUUCUCUUUCUCUUUCAUCUGCUCCUCUGUCUUUGUCUGUCUUUGUUUAGUUCCACCCCAUCUCUCUCUUUCUCUGCUUCUCUCUCUCUCUCUCUCUCUCUCUCUCUCUGCUUCUCUCUCUUUCUCCAUCUCUUUCUCUCUCUCUCUGCCUUUUCAGUUAGUUCUAAGGCAUGUCAGUAGCAGAUGUAGCUGUGUGUUAUUACCAUGUCAUGAGCAGGAUAUAGCUGUGUGAACUGGAUGAGCCAGUGGGGCUACUAGUCUAUGGCUGUUCUUUAGAAAUUCUGUUCAGUUUGUUUGCUCCGCUGCUGCCUAAAUCCCAUUUCCAGGAUCUCUCUCUAACCCACUGUGUGUGUGUGUGUGUGUGUGUGUGUGUGUGUGUGUGUGUGUGUGUGUGUGUGUGUGUGUGUGUGUGUGUGCUGUCAUCCAUUCUCUCCCUCUAUUUUCUCUCCUCUGCUCUCUCCAUUCUCUCCUCCUUUCUCAUGCUCUCCUUGCCCUGUCUCUUAUAUAAUAUAAUAAGUGUGUGCUGUUUUUGUGUCCCUUCCUCUCUCUCUCUGUCUCUCUGCCUCUCUGUCUCGCCCUCUCUCUCUCUUUCACAGGGCUGGUGAGAAUGGUACCUGACAGUCCGAGCCCAGAGCGCUUCACUUCCCCCCUCCCCUCCCACCGGCACAGCAACGGGCACAGCAACUGGCACAGACCUGGGCCCAGCAAUGGCAGUGGUCUCCUGACGCCCUGUAACAGUGCUAGUAACUCCCGUGCUGCCAGGUCAGUGGAGGGGAAAAAAACUCUAAAGUCACAAAGUUUGUUAAAGGAACAUGUUAGUGCGACUGUAUUGUAAGUGAAUAAGAGGAGGUAUCUGAUUGGCUGUCAGGAGGAGAGGGAAGGGAUUGGGUGAUUGGGUCAGAGUGGAGAUGUAGUUGAAGUGAGGUGGCGUGUGAUAAAUUGGUCAGGUGAGUUUGCUAGGUGUGUGUGAGUGAAAGAUACAUGCAGCUCUGUCUGUGUGUGCAUGUGUCUGUAUGUUUGUACGUCUGUGUCUCAUGUCUGACGACAAUAAUGUGAGAGGUGGACUCUGCUGACAUGUAUGUAUUUUUCCUUCUCUCUCCAGCCCGAGUCUGGGACUGGUAAAUCUGGUGGAGAUUGAGAGGAGACUGAGGGAGGCCAAGGCAGAGAGAGAGAGGCUUCUCAAAGAGAGGGUGAGUCACCACCACUAACAUCCCUAAUCACUUCAGACACAGCAUUAGACAUGCCGGGUCAUAUUCAUUAGGGCACACCGUAACAAAGCGGUUUAAAGACGUUUGUUUAUUAUUGGAUGGUUAAUUCAGGUAGUCCCUCCCUGUUUCAGUCAGUUUUCUUCUGUUUGUUGCUUAAUGAACACAACCCUGUUGUGUGACCACUGACUGAUUACCAUAGAGAAUUAACAUGACCACCAGAAGAAAACAGACUGUGAAAUGGAAAAACCCUUAAUAGAAAACGAACAAAACUGAACUAUGUCAUCACUACUGUGUGUCUCCAACACCAAGGAAAUACACUCCCCUGUGUAUUUAUUUGGACAGUGAAGCUAAAUCUUGUUUUAUAUGAUGUGUCAAGCACAGAAUUUCACCUUUUAUUUUAGGGUAUUUUCAUACAUAUCUGUUUUAUGUUUAGAAAUGAAUGCACUUUAUGUGUCUAGUGCCCCCAUUUUGAAAGUGUCAUAAGUAUUUGGACAAAUUCACUUAUAGUGUAUUAAAUGUAGUCAAAAGUUUAGUAUUUGGUCCCAUAUUCCUAGCACACAAUGACUACAUCAAGCUUGUGACUCUUGUUGGAUGCAUUUGCAGGUUGUUUUGGUUGUGUUUUAGAUUAUGUUGUGCCCAAUAGAAAUUAAUGGUAAAUAAUAUAUUGUGUCAUUUUGGAGUCACUUUUAUUGUAAAUAAGAAUAGAAUAUGUUUCUGAGCACUUCUACAUUAAUGUGGAUGCUACCAUGAUUACGGAUAAUCAUGAAUGAAUCGGGAAUAAUGAUGAAUGAGAAAGCUACAGAUGCACAAAGAUCAUGCCCCCAAAACAUGCUAACCUUUUUAAGUGAAUUUGUCCAAAUACUUAUGACACCUUCAAAUGGGGGGAGAGAUGCAUAAAGUGCUUCAUUUCUAAACGGUAAAACAGAUACAGUGAGGGAAAAAAGGAUUUGAUCCCCUGCUGAUUUUGUACGUUUGCCCACUGACAAAGAAAUGAUCAGUCUAUAAUUUUAAUGGUAGGUUUAUUUGAACAGAGAGAGACAGAAUAACAACAACAAAAUCCAGAAAGACGCAUGUCAAAAAUGUUAUAAAUUGAUUUGCAUUUUAAUGAGGGAAAUAAGUAUUUGACCACCUCUCAAUCAGAAAGAUUUCUGGCUCCCAGGUGUCUUUUAUACAGGUAACGAGCUGAGAUUAGGAGCACACUCUUAAAGGGAGUGCUCCUAAUCUCAGCUUGUUACAUGUAUAAAAGACACCUGUCCACAGAAGCAAUCAAUCAAUCAGAUUCCAAACUCUCCACCAUGGCCAAGACCAAAGAGCUCUCCAAGGAUGUCAGGGACAAGAUUGUAGACCUACACAAGGCUGGGAUGGGCUACAAGACCAUCGCCAAGAAGCUUGGUGAGAAGGUGACAACAGUUGGUGCGAUUAUUCGCAAAUGGAAGAAACACAAAAGAACUGUCAAUCUCCCUCGGCCUGGGGCUCCAUGCAAGAUCUCACCUCGUGGAGUUGCAAUGAUCAUGAGAAUGGUGAGGAAUCAGCCCAGAACUACACGGGAGGAUCUUGUCUAUGAUCUCAAGGCAGGUGGACCAUAGUCACCAAGAAAACAAUUGGUAACACACUACGCCGUAAAGUACUGAAAUCCUGCAGCGCCCGCAAGGUCCCCCUGCUCAAGAAAGCACAUAUACAGGGCCGUCUGAAGUUUGCCAAUGAACAUCUGAAUGAUUCAGAGGAGAACUGGGUGAAAGUGUUGUGGUCAGAUGAGACCAAAAUGGAGCUCUUUGGCAUCAACUCAACUCGCCGUGUUUGGAGGAGGAGGAAUGCUGCCUAUGACCCCAAGAACCCCAUCCCCACUGUCAAACAUGGAGGUGGAAGCAUUAUCCUUUGGGGGUGUUUUUCUGCUAAGGGGACAGGACAACUUCACCGCAUCAAAGGGACGAUGGACGGGGCCAUGUACCGUCAAAUCUUGGGUGAGAACCUCCUUCCCUCAGCCAGGGCAUUGAAAAUGGGUCGUGGAUAGGUAUUCCAGCAUGACAAUGACCCAAAACACACGGCCAAGGCAACAAAGGAGUGGCUCAAGAAGAAGCACAUUAAGGUCCUGGAGUGGCCUAGCCAGUCUCCAGACCGUAAUCCCAUAGAAUAUCUGUGGCGGGAGCUGAAGGUUCGAGUUGCCAAACGUCAGCCUCGAAACCUUAAUGACUUGGAGAAGAUCUGCAAAGAGGAGUGGAACAAAAUCCCUCCUGAGAUGUGUGCAAACCUGGCGGCCAACUACAAGAAACGUCUGACCUCUGUGAUUGCCAAAAAGGGUUUUUCCACCAAGUACUAAGUCAUGUUUUGCAGAGGGGUCAAAUACUUAUUUCCCUCAUUAAAAUGCAAAUCAAUUUAUAAGUAGUAGUAAAGAGCCAAAUUAAGUUUUAGCUUCACUAUCCAAAUAAAUACGUAGGGGAGUGUAUAUGCCCCAGCCUAGAUAAUGUACUUAAUAUUAAUCCCCCUGUAUGCCUCUUUCUAAAAAAGAAAAACAAAUUGAAGAAGGUCUUCGAAGGGAGGCACCUUCUCCUCCAAUAUGAUUCAUAAGGACGCGAGGAGAUAGGAUGCAAGGAAGCACGGAAAGGAUAAUUGAGAUAGAGCCUGUGUGUUGAUCCAGGAGGAAAGGAGGCAGGUGGUGGUGGAGGACAGGAGGCAGAGAGGGCUGGAGGGCAGAGGAGCAGCAGAACCAGUAGAGUCCCAGACCAGGCCAGACCCUGGCCCAGAGGAGCAGGCCAAAACCACCAGUCCAGUCCCCAGCUCCCCUGAGGUACGUCUGUCUGUCUGCUCUGGCUGGCUGGUUGUCAACUCUGUCUGUCUGGCUGCUCUGUCUGUCUGUCUGUCUGUCUAUCUGGCUGGCUGGCUGCUCUGUCUGUCUGUAUUGUCUGCCUGUCUGUCUGUGUUCUCUAUAGCACUAUAUAUCCUCUGUAGCUCAAUUGGUAGAGCAUGGCGCUUGUAACGCCAGGGUAGUGGGUUCGAUCCCCGGGACCUCCCAUACGUAAAAAUGUAUGCACACAUGACUGUAAGUCGCUUUGGAUAAAAGCGUCUGCUAAAUGGCAUAUUAUACACUGCUCAAAAAAAUAAAGGGAACACUUAAACAACACAUCCUAGAUCUGAAUGAAUGAAAUAAUCUUAUUAAAUACUUUUUUCUUUACAUAGUUGAAUGUGCUGACAACAAAAUCACACAAAAAUUAUCAAUGGAAAUCAAAUUUAUCAACCCAUGGAGGUCUGGAUUUGGAGUCACCCUCAAAAUUAAAGUGGAAAACCACACUACAGGCUGAUCCAACUUUGAUGUAAUGUCCUUAAAACAAGUCAAAAUGAGGCUCAGUAGUGUGUGUGGCCUCCACGUGCCUGUAUGACCUCCCUACAACGCCUGGGCAUGCUCCUGAUGAGGUGGCGGAUGGUCUCCUGAGGGAUCUCCUCCCAGACCUGGACUAAAGCAUCCGCCAACUCCUGGACAGUCUGUGGUGCAACGUGGCGUUGGUGGAUGGAGCGAGACAUGAUGUCCCAGAUGUGCUCAAUUGGAUUCAGGUCUGGGGAACGGGCGGGCCAGUCCAUAGCAUCAAUGCCUUACUCUUGCAGGAACUGCUGACACACUCCAGCCACAUGAGGUCUAGCAUUGUCUUGCAUUAGGAGGAACCCAGGGCCAACCGCACCAGCAUAUGGUCUCACAAGGGGUCUGAGGAUCUCAUCUCGGUACCUAAUGGCAGUCAGGCUACCUCUGGCGAGCACAUGGAGGGCUGUGCGGCCCCCCAAAGAAAUGCCACCCCACACCAUGGCUGACCCACCGCCAAACCGGUCAUGCUGGAGGAUUUUGCAGGCAGCAGAACGUUCUCCACGGUGUCUCCAGUCUCUGUCACGUCUGUCACAUGUGCUCAGUGUGAACCUGCUUUCAUCUGUGAAGAGCACAGGGCGCCAGUGGCGAAUUUGCCAAUCUUGGUGUUCUCUGGCAAAUGCCAAACGUCCUGCACGGUGUUGGGCUGUAAGCACAACCCCCACCUGUGGACGUUGGGCCCUCAUACCACCCUCAUGGAGUCUGUUUCUGACCGUUUGAGCAGACACAUGCACAUUUAUGGCCUGCUGGAGGUCAUUUUGCAGGGCUCUGGCAGUGCUCCUCCUGCUCCUCCUUGCACAAAGGCGGAGGUAGCGGUCCUGCUGCUGGGUUGUUGCCCUCCUACGGCCUCCUCCACGUCUCCUGAUAUACUGGCCUGUCUCCUGGUAGCGCCUCCAUGAUCUGGACACUACGCUGACAGACACAGCAAACCUUCUUGCCACAGCUCGCAUUGAUGUGCCAUCCUGGAUGAGCUGCACUACCUGAGCCACUUGUGUGGGUUGUAGACUCCGUCUCAUGCUACCACUAGAGUGAAAGCACCGCCAGCAUUCAAAAGUGACCAAAACAUCAGCCAGGAAGCAUAGGAACUGAGAAGUGGUCUGUGGUCACCACCUGCAGAACCACUUCUUUAUUGGGGGUGUCUUGCUAAUUGCCUAUAAUUUCCACCUGUUGUCUAUUCCAUUUGCACAACAGCAUGUGAAAUGUAUUGUCAAUCAGUGUUGCUUCCUAAGUGGACAGUUUGAUUUCACAGAAGUGUGAUUGACUUGGAGUUACAUUGUGUUGUUUAAGUGUUUCCUUUAUUUUUUUGAGCAGUGUAUAUUAUAUUACAUCCUUUCUCCAACCUCUCCUUUCUCCCUGCUUAUUGCUCUCUCAAUCUGUCUUUCUUUCUUUCUGUCUGUCUCCUCACUUACCUUGUAACGUUGAUCUGUUUUAUUUUGCAUAUUUAUAGUGAAAUUAAAAACAUUAUACUCAUUCUUCUUCUCAGCGCUCUCUACCUCUCUUCCUCUCUGCGAACUUUGACCUGCGGGCCCACGUGGAGUCGCUGGGUCAUGGGGUGGCGAGGUGCAUGGGCCUGCGUAUGUCCCCACGCCGCUGUGCCGGUUUCUUGACCAAGCGAGGGGGGCGGGUCAAGACCUGGAGGAGGAGGUGGUUCCUCUUCGAUAUGGACCACAGGCGGCUAGCCUACUACACAGGUGAGGGGGCUGAGAGAGAGACUGUGUGUGCUGUGUUGGGUGUUGGAGGGGGAGUAUGUGUGUAUAAGCCUUAAUGCUAGGGCUGUUGCGAUGACCUUAUUACCGCCACACCAGCAGUCAUAAGUCAUGACCGCAGUAAAAUUCCAACUGACCGUUGAGUCACGGUAAUCUCCUGUUAUGCGCUCUGGACAUGCUUUGGUAGUACCCAACUUGCUAACGACCAUCAGGUCCUAAUGGCCUGGUACUCAGGGCUCUAUUGUCCCUCUAACCACUCGGACAUCAAUGCAAAUGCAAUCGAAAAUCACAUCAAACACUUAUCAUCAAAACAGUAUAAUGUUUUAAAACUCACCUCACUGUGAUGAUCAAUUUGAAGAAAGAAGUUCAACAGCAGGUUGAAACUGAGUGGAAAACAUGGUCAUUGUAGAAGUUGUUUCAAAGCCUAAACACAACGAAAUGGACAGUCUUCUAAGGUGAUAAUUAAUUAAAAACACCCACAGGCAUAUUAUAGCUUAUGCAUACACAGGCUUAUUGGCCCAAGCCCGAAAACAAAAACAUAAUUAAAAUUAUGAUUGUGCAGUUAUACAAUACUUACCGCAUAUUAUGCAUGGCAGAAAAACAUAAAACAAAACUGAUUUAAGAUGUCUUUGGUGCAUAAUUGGUCGAGCCUAUACUCCAAAAUUAAACAAAUUUGAGUAAUUGCCUUUGAGUGUGGAUUGUAUUAGUAUGCGUACUGGAUGGACUGGUUAUCUAAUGCUAUGCUCCAAAAUUUAUAUCCACGAGUCUGGAAGAGAACGGAUAGCCCUAGUCGAUGCAGUUGGUUCAUUGAUUGUGCAGGACGAUUUUGAAUAGCCUAAUUAAUUGGGUGACACAUUACCUUUAGCUAUACAGAAUAUCUCACCACCAUGCAUUUCCAUCUCCUCCUCUCGCUCCUUUAUUCCUUUCUCGAGCAGGCAGACGGGCUGUCAACAGUUUAAUGAAAUAUGUUUCUUUGCGAACACGUUACUAUCCAUGUUCCCGAAAAUAUUUCACUUAGUUUUCCAAAUUAAGCAAUGUGGUUAGCUGCAGUAACAGGGUUGGAGAGCCCAUGGCAUACAGAGUUUUGGUGGAAUAUCACCUGUUGUGCAGCGAGAGCAUGCUCCUGAACAGUUCUUGAUGCUUGGAGUGAAAUAAGUGUUCUUCUAUUUAUUUAUCAGCUGCUCAUAUUAUGCACAUGCUCCACUAUAUAACCAAAGUAGCUUACCUGUCAUCAUUGAAAAACGGACCGGUGGGAAAGCAUGCGGCCUCCAUUCGCUAUUCGAGUGCAUACAGAUGAAGUAUUUUUUUCCCUGCCCCUGUUCAAUGCCCAUUUGAUAAUGGGCCAUUCUAAAUCAAAACUAAUUUAACAUAUUAGUAAAGACAAGAUUAAAUUGAGAAUAGUCUGAUGGGUGAAAAUGUAAUCAUUUGAUGAGAGAACAGCUGUGCAGCCUGAGGCAAGGAACAGAAUCGCAAGCUUUUUUUGAUACUUUCUCAAAUCAUCAAAAGCCUAUAGUCGCAUCAUGCAGGGACGCAACUUUGGUUUUAGAAGUGGGGGGGACAUAAUUGAUUUUAAUUAUAAUACUUUUUUCAGUCAGAUAAACACUCCAAACAGCCUACCCGACCGCUCGGAGGCGUCCGCAUGGUGCUAAAGCACACAGUUGCCUCGUUUUGUAUCACAUUCCAAUGAUACAACUGUGGGGGACAAAAAUGCAAUUUCAGAAUGUGGGGGGGGGCAUGUCCCCCCCCCCCCCGUCCCCAGUGAAAGUUGCGCCCCUGGCAUGCAGCCCAUAUAUGUUUUGAUUUCUAAGGUUUGUAUCAUUCACAACCUAUGUUGCCAAAUAACUCUAAAUCUAGCAUAUAGGACCUGUUUCAAGUGAUCACUUUUACGCUCAACAUAGCCACUUCAUAUGCGCACUCGCUCCGGAAUGGGGAAAAAUAUCCUUUCUAUUUUAUAUUCUUCUUGCUAUAAAAUCAUAUAAAUAUAAAAUAAUGGCAUGGGACUUAGAAGCAUAUCUAGUCAGCUAAAUGAACAAGCCUACAGCCUAUGGCCCUCAAACUAAACUGGACCUCAAAGCCAGUUCCAUUGCAUUUCUUUUAUUGUUCCCCUCUAAUUAGGGACUGAUUUAGACCUGGGACACCAGGUGUGUGCAAUGAAUUAUCAGGUAGAACAGAAAACCAGCAGGCUCUGGACCUCGUAGGGUAACAGUUGAGUACCCCUGGCCUAUGGCAUUGAGCAUAACCAGAUAACUGUCACGCCCUGGCUCUGGGGACUCUAAUAUGUUGAGCCAGGGUGUGUAAAGUCUAUGUGUGUUGUUCUAGGUUUCACAUUCUGGUAUUGUGGUUCUAUGUUGGCCAGUGUGGUUCUCAAUCAGAGGCAACGUGAUUCAGCUGUUGCUUGUUGUCUCUGAUUGAGAACCAUACUUUAGCAGCCUGUUUCCCCACAGAGUUUGUGGGAUCUUGUUUCUAGUCUGUUGUGUUAGACCGUGAACUGUCACGUUUUCGUUUUGUUGGUUUUGAUUGUGUCUCUAAUAAAGAGUAUGUUUGCCUGCAAUGCUGCGCCUUGGUCCUCAUCUCUGUUCGACGAUCGUGACAAUAACAUACAGUGGCUUGCGAAAGUAUUCACCCCCCUUGGCAUUUUUCCUAUUUUGUUGCCUUACAACCUGGAAUUAAAUUAGAUUUUUUUGGGGGUUUGUAUAAUUUGAUUUUGAAGAUGCAAAAUAUUUUAUAUUGUGAAACAAACAAGAAAUAAGACAAAAAAACAGAAAACCCCCGCCAAAGUCAAUACUUAUAGAGCCACCUUUUGCAGCAAUUACAGCUGCAAGUCUCUUGGGGUAUGUCUCUAUAAGCUUGGCACAUCUAGCCACUGGGAUUUCUGCCCAUUCUUCAAGGCAAAACUGCUCCAGCUCCUUCAAGUUGGAUGGGUUCCGCUGGUGAACAGCAAUCUUUAAGUCAUACCACAGAUUCUCAAUUGGAUUGAGGUCUGGACUUUGACUAGGCCAUUCCAAGACAUUUAAAUGAUUCCCAUUAAACCACUCAAGUGUUGCUUUAGCAUUAUGCUUAGGGUCAUUGUCCUGCUGGAAGGUGAACCUCCAUCCCAGUCUCAAAUCUCUGGAAGACUGAAACAGGUUUCCCUCAAGAAUGUCCCCGUAUUUAGCGCCAUCCAUCAUUCCUUCAAUUCUGACCAGUUUCCCAGUCCCUGUCGAUGAAAAACAUCCCCACAGCAUGAUGCUGCCACCACCAUGCUUCACUGUGGGGAUGGUGUUCUCGGGGUGAUGAGAGGUGUUGGGUUUGCACCAGACAUAGUGUUUUCCUUGAUGGCCAUAAAGCUCAAUUUUAUUCUCAUCUGACCAGAGUACCUUCUUCCAUAUGUUAGGGGAGUCUCCCACAUGCCUUUUGGCGAACACCAAACGUGUUUGCUUAUUUUUUUCUUUAAGCAAUGGCUUUUUUCUGGCCACUCUUCCGUAAAGCCCAGCUCUGUGGAGUGUACGGCUUAAAGUGGUCCUAUGUACAGAUACUCCAAUCUCCGCUGUGGAGCUUUGCAGCUCCUUCAGGGUUAUCUUUGGUCUCUUUGCCUCUCUGAUUAAUGCCCUCCUUGCCUGGUCUGUGAAUUUUGGUGGGUGGCCCUCUCUUUGUUUGUUGUGGUGCCAUAUUCUUUCCAUUUUUUUAUAAUGGAUUUAAUGGUGCUCCGUGUGAUUUUCAAAGUUUCUGAUAUUUUUUAAUAACCCAACCAUGAUCUGUACUUCUCCACAACUUUGUCCCUGACCUGUUUGGAGAGCUCCUUGGUCUUCAUGGUGCCACUUGCUUGGUGGUGCCCCUUGCUUAGUGGUGUUGCAGACUCUGGGGCCUUUCUGAACAGGUGUGUAUAUACUGAGGUCAUGUGACACUUAGAUUGCACACAGGUGGACUUCAUUUAACUAAUUAUGUGACUUCUGAAGGUAAGUGGUUGCACCAGAUCUUAUUUAGGGGCUUCAUAGCAAAGGGGGUGAAUACAUAUGCACGCACCACUUUUCUGUAAUUUAUAUUUUCGAAUUUUUUGGAACAAGUUAUUUUUUUUCACUUCACCAAUUUUGACUAUUUUGUGUAUGUCCAUUACAUAAAAUCCAAAUAAAAAUCAAUUUAAAUUACAGGUUGUAAUGCAACAAAAUAGGAAAAACGCCAAGGGGGAUGAAUACUUUUGCAAGGCACCGUACAGUAGGCCAACUCAUAUUCUGUUCUUCUGAAAUACAUUUUCUUCAUAUCAUAAUGUUUCUUUAGACCUGCCUAAAAUAAAUAAUGGAUUUAUUGUGAUGGUAUAUAUUCAAUUGAUUUAUUAUACUUUUAAAAAAUGUAGAUGUUGCAAAUGCGCACAUCAGUGGCUUGUAUGUAGCUUGUUUGCGUGGAGGCCUGGAGAUACUAAAUGUGUUUGUUAAUUGCUGGUCAAUUAAUGUGAGACUGGUAGUUUUUUGCAUGAAAAUAACCGGCUGACAAAAUUUCAUGACCGCCACAGCCCUACUAAAUGCCUUUGCGAUUUGUGUCUGUCUCUCUCUCUCUCUCCCUCUCUCUCUCUCUCUCUCUCUCUCUCUCUCUCUCUCUCUCUCUUUCUUGCUCUCUUUCUCUCUCUAAUUGACUGUUGUUUACUUUCAGACUGUGAUGAGAGGAAGCUAAAGGGGGUGAUCUACUUCCAGGCUAUAGAGGAAGUCUACUAUGACCACCUGCGCACAGCCACUUCAGUGAGUCCUCAUAUACAGUAUCUUAUCACCAUAGAGAGGGAACAAUGUGCCCAUGAUAUCACCACAACUGUUAAAGAGAUGAUCCAUUCAUGCAUUCAAUGCUUGAGUAUCCCAUCUCUCUCUCUCUCUCUCUCUCUCUCUCUCUCUCUCUCUCUCUCUCUCUCUCUCUCAGUCUCCGCGGCCCAGCCUUACGUUCUGUGUGAAGACGUACGAGCGUCUCUUCUUCCUGGUGGCACCCAGCGCCGAGGCCAUGAGGAUCUGGAUGGACGUCAUCGUCACGGCAACAGACGAGCACAGCCGCUACUGAAGUUGACUUUACAGGAAGGGGUUCCUGUGUCUGACCUACCCCUGGGGCUGAACCUCCAUUCACCUGGCUGACCUGGCAAAGCUGGCUACAGUUUCAGCAGUUUACAUUAUGUGGGGGAAAACUGCAAUCUUCAACCUCCACCCUCCAAUGCGUGUAAAACCCAGCUAGGCAGCCAUUUUGAUGCCUGAACUUUACCUCAUAUGAGUGGUUGAGGUGAAGGUGAGGAGUGAUGAGCAGAACAUAAUGUUCAGGAAAGCUCUCCCUGAAGGAACUGACAAUUGAUUCAGGAUAGUUUCUUAGGAGCUUUGAUGGGACUGAGUGGCAGUCUGUUACAGGUUCUGUGUGGAACAAGAGACGUUUAGAGGAUGGCGGAGGGACAAGGCCAUGGGAAUAUAAAGACUUGGACGUGAAAGCUGGAGCAACCAUUGAACAUCUUAGAGUCAGUGCCAACCAUGAUUUACUGACAGACAAACCUUUGAUGUAUUUUUAUUAGACUCAAAUCAGGAUUUACUGGUUGGUGUCUCUCUAGCAGCUGUGUUUGAGCUCCCUCUUGUGGCCAGAAUGAAGUAUUGAAGUACCACAGCUUCAUUGAAAUAUACAGGUAACUGCCAAAAUA